CGCUCGGUGUUUGCGUGACAGCUGAGCAUUCUCUGUCCCGGUGCUGAAGAGGGAAAAGUUCAACAUAUAAAGACGAGGGACGGGUGCAGAGCGCUGACAGACUGCCGGCGUCCUGAGGAAGGCUCCCCUGAAAACCCCAUCGCUCUGUCACUCUUCAUGUACUAAGACUCCUCGAUGGCUUCCAACGACAGCAUCCUCAGCUCGGCAUACCUUGCUGUUGAAUACAUUGAUUCUCUCCUGCCAGACAAUCCUCUACAACGACCAUUUAAACAUGCCUGGAUCUACAUGCUGGACAACUACACCAAGUUCCAAAUUGCCACAUGGGGAUCCCUCAUUGUCCAUGAAGCCAUCUACUUCAUGUUCUGCCUGCCUGGCUUUCUCUUUCAGUUCAUACCAUUCAUGCAGAGGUUUAAAAUCCAGCAGGACAGGCCGGAGACAUGGGAAGGCCAGUGGAGGUGCUUUAAAAUGCUCCUGUUCAAUCAUUUCUGCAUCCAGCUUCCUCUGAUCUGCGGCACAUACUACUUCACAGAGUUCUUCAACAUUCCAUAUGACUGGAAUAGCAUGCCUCGAUGGUAUUUAUUACUGGCGCAGUGUUUUGGUUGUGCCGUCAUUGAAGAUGCCUGGCAUUAUUUCCUCCACCGUGCGCUGCACCACAAACGCAUCUAUAAGUACAUCCACAAAGUACAUCAUGAGUUUCUGUCUCCAUUUGGGAUGCAGGCUGAGUAUGCACAUCCUCUGGAAACACUGAUAUUAGGAGCUGGAUUUUUUAUCGGAAUCAUGAUUUUCUGUAAUCACGUCAUUCUUCUGUGGGCCUGGGUUACAGUCAGACUUCUGGAAACAAUAGAUGUCCACAGUGGUUAUGACAUUCCUCUGAAUCCAUUACACCUGGUCCCAUUUUAUGCCGGCGCCCGUUUCCAUGACUUUCAUCACAUGAAUUUCAUUGGUAACUACGCAUCAACAUUCACAUGGUGGGACAAACUCUUCAAUACAGACUCUCAGUACAACAGUUACAGAACAAAAGUCAAGACACAAGAAGCAAAGAAGACCAAAUAAUUUAUUUUUUAAACGCUGCUUCAUUUUCUAGCAUUCAGACCAUGUAAUGCUCUUAAUAAAUCCUCACAGCUAUCACAGAUGGAAGAAGACACAGAUUUGUAUGCAGCUUGUCUGUGUGGAAACCAGCAACAAACCCAUUGGCAGCUGCCAGCAUUCAGACGUCACAUUGGCCUUAAAGUCAAACUGAGAACCCUAAGUGACCCAGAACUCUUUAGACACAGUCGAUAGCUACUUGCCAUGUGCAACUUUUCAAAAGGAUAUAGAGACUGCAAGAAUGGUUCUUUUCGUUGCCUUCACUUUGGUGAUGGCUUUGUUCAUAUAAAAGUGAAAUGCUUGAUUUUAUUUUUUUACAUAAUACAUGUUAUAAUUAUUUAACAUUUUUCCAUAGUCGGGAAUGGUGUCUUCUCCACUGUGGCAAUCACUUUGAUUCUCUAUUUUUGUUGAUGGUACAAGUUAUUCCAGGAAUUAGCACCUUACCCUGCUCAGUGCUGUUUUAGCUAUAGUAAUCAGGGCCUCCCUUAAACUGAAUUAUUUGGCUCAUUUAAUACUGCAACCAGUUGGCAAGUAUUUGUCACAAUUCUUAUUUCUGUAAACCCAGAAAAAUGUAAUUUAUAGUUGCUUUUUGCAUUUCCAUUACCUGUAAGCAUAGACGAGAGAUGUAUACAGUGGAACUGUAGUUUGGUGCUUCUGUUAUCUGCAUCUAUUGCAUGCCAUGAAUGGUUUUGUAAAGAUUGGUCAUCUAAUGUGGUGGUCGAGAUCUUAUAAGACCUGUCGACCACAGGAAAUGUCCUGCACUGCUGAAGUCAUCAUUAGGCUGUCUCAAUCCAAAAAGCAGAAGCAUACCCCCUUAUCAGAAAUGGCAGCACAGGGAUAGCUUAACAAUGGGCUGUUACAGUUCAGGUUUACAUGCACAAAGCUCAGAUUAGAAAAAUAUGUCAUUCAAGCUGCUUAUAUUAAUUUAGGAUGUGCUGCAUUUGGUGGAUGGUUUUUAUGCUGCACUUUGAAAUUGAGAUCUUUUCAUUUAAAAAUACAAUGUUGGUACAUAAAGAGACUUUUUAGUAUAUUUCAAAA